CCAAUGUGAAGUUAUGGGCCAUCGACCGACAAUGCUUUCAGACUAUUAUGAUGAGGACGGGCCUAAUCAAGCACACUGAAUACAUGGAGUUUUUAAAAAGCGUUCCGACGUUUCAUGAACUUCCGGAGGAGAUUCUAAGCAAGCUCGCUGAUGUCCUUGAAGAGACACACUAUGAGGAUGGAGAGUACAUCAUAAGACAGGGAGCCACAGGAGACACCUUCUUUAUCAUCAGUAAGGGAAUGGUGAAUAUGACCAGGGAAAACAAGUCCAACGGGGAUCCUGUCUACCUCCGCAGCAUGGGGAAAGGAGACUGGUUUGGAGAGAAGGCCCUGCAGGGGGAAGACAUCAGGACAGCAAACGUCAUCGCUGCAGAGACCGUUACAUGUCUGGUCAUUGACAGAGACUCGUUCAAGCACCUGAUUGGAGGGUUGGAGGAGGUGUCCAGUAAAGGCUGUGAGGAUGCUGAGGUCAAGGCUAGGUACGAAGCAGAGAAUUCUUUCUUCUCCAACCUCAGCCUGGUUGACUUUAACAUCAUCGACACACUGGGGGUUGGUGGCUUUGGCCGUGUAGAGCUGGUUCAGCUGAAAAGUGAUCUGGUGAAGACGUUUGCCAUGAAGAUCCUGAAGAAGCGUCACAUUGUGGACACGCGACAGCAAGAGCAUAUCCGCUCUGAGAAACUCAUCAUGCAGGAGGCCCACUCUGACUUCAUUGUCAGACUGUACAGGACGUUUAAGGACAGUAAGUACCUCUACAUGCUGAUGGAGGCUUGCCUGGGAGGAGAGCUGUGGACCAUUCUUAGAGACCGGGGUUCGUUUGAGGAUUCAACCACCAGGUUCUACACAGCGUGUGUGGUGGAAGCAUUCGCCUACCUACAUUCCAAAGGCAUCAUCUACAGAGACCUUAAACCAGAGAACCUUAUACUGGACCACAGGGGCUAUGCCAAGCUAGUGGACUUUGGCUUCGCCAAGAAGAUCGGGUUUGGGAAGAAAACGUGGACGUUCUGUGGAACACCAGAAUACGUGGCACCAGAGAUCAUUCUGAACAAAGGCCACGACAUCACAGCUGACUACUGGUCUCUAGGAAUCCUCAUGUUUGAGCUCCUCACCGGCAGCCCUCCCUUCUCUGGCCCUGAUCCCAUGAAGACAUAUAACAUCAUCCUGAGGGGCAUUGACAUGAUCGAAUUUCCAAAGAAGAUCACCAAAAACGCUGCCAACUUAAUAAAAAAACUAUGCAGGGACAAUCCUUCGGAAAGACUAGGAAACUUGAAAAACGGUGUCAAAGACAUCCAAAAGCACAAAUGGUUUGAGGGCUUUAACUGGGAAGGUCUAAGGAAAGGAACGCUGACACCCCCUAUCAUCCCUAAUGUGAUAUCACCAAUGGACACGAGUAACUUUGACAACUUCCCAGAGGAUAAGGAAGACCCGCCCCCAGAUGACAAUUCUGGCUGGGACAACGAUUUUUAAAAUGUCACCCCCACCCCCAAAACCAAAUUAGCUUAUGUCAUUGGCCUGGAGGCCUAGUUCAGGAUAUAGCUGAAUUCUAAAGACUGCGAUACAGAGGAAGUGGAGAGGGGAGGAGAGGAAGAGGACAAAAAAACACUCUGGGUCAGCAAUAUGUCUUCGCUACACGUGGCUCUGGGACUAGCAUGUAAUGACCAUAGUACUUCCUCAGGGUUCUCACACAUAUACACAUGCAAGCAAAUACACAAGCAAACACACACACACACACACACACACACACACACACACACACACACACACACACACACACACACACACGGCAAGUCCUGGAGCUAAAACAAUGCCUAUUUAUUUAGCAGAGAGAGUGUGUGAGAAUGAGAGUAUGUACAAUAUACAGCCCAAAAUAAAGGAAACACCAACAUAAAGUGUCUUAAUAGGGUGUUGGUCCACAACAAGCCAGAACAGCUUCAAUGCACCGUGCCAUUGAUUCCACAAGUGUCUGUUGGAGGGAUGUGACAUCAUUCUUCUACGAAAAAUUCCAUAAUAUGGGAUUUUGUUGAUGAUGGUGGAAAAUGCUCCAGAAUCUCACAUAAGUGUUCAAUUGGGUUGAGAUCUGGUGACUGAGACAACCAUGUCCCGAGUGGCGCAGCGCUCUAGGGCACUGCAUCUCAGUGCUAGAGGUGUCACUACAGACACCCACGUUAGAAUCCAGGCUGUAUCACAACAGGCCGUGAUUGGGAGUCCCAUUGGGCGGUGCACAAUUGGCCGAGCAUCGUCCAUGUUCGGCCGGUGUAGGCCAUCAUUGUAAAUAAGAAUUUGUUCUUAACUGACUUGCCUAGCUAAAUAAAAAUAAAUAAAUAUAGUUCACAUAAUUGUCAUGCUUAUCAAACCAGUCAAUGACCACUCAUGCCCAGUGGAUGGGGGCAUUGUCAUCCUAUGGGGGCAUAGCCAUGGUCUGCAAAAUAAUGACCUCCCCAGCAUUUUUAUACAUGACCCUAAGCAUGAUAGGAUGUUAAUUGCUUAAUUAUCUCAGGGACCACACCUGUGUGGAAGCACCUGGUUUCAAUAUACUUUGCAUCCUUCAUUUAUUCAAGUGUUUCCAUUAUUUUGGCAGUAACUUGUAUAUGGGAGUAUAUGAGUGUAAGAACACUACAAUAACUGAUAAAACAAGUCACAUUUAGUAUAGGGUGGAAUAUUCGUUUUCUGUUGCUGCCACGUAGCUGCACUGCUCCUAAAAGGUUGGCCAGACAGACUGGCUGGGCAGGCUGGGUCCAUGUUUGGAAGGCUUUCUCUCUGCACCCGGUUUUCUCGAAAGACUCCUAUUACUGUAGCUGGUCCACAAGGUUUGUCUUACCUACAGUACAUCACUGGUAUGUGGGCCUCCUCAAUAGGGAAUCAGGAUCUUACCACUGAGUCUGACAAGUCAAACAGGUAUCAAUUGCUCAUGACGAACCUGAAUGUUACUGUUCUUAAUAUUACUUUUAGACACAGACAGACAGUAUAGUGCUUUGCAAAAGUAUUCAUACCCUUGGCGUUUUUCCUAUUUCUUUGCAUUACAACCUGUGGAUUUUUAUUUGGAUUUCAUGUAACGAACAUACUCAAAACAGUCCAAAUCGGUGAACUGAAAUGAAAAAAAUAACUUUAAUGGAAAAGUGGUGCGUGAGUAUGUAUUCACCCCCUUUGCUAUGAAGCCCCUAAAUAAGAUCUGGUGCAACCAAUUAACUUCAGAAGUCACAUAAUUAGUUAAAUAAAGUCUACCUGUGUGCAAUCUAGUCCACCUGUGUGCAAUCUAAUCUAUAAACACCUGUUCUGAAAGGCCCCAGAUUCCACAACACCACUAAACAAGGGGCCCCACCAAGCAAGCGUCACCAUGAAGACCAAGGAGCUGUCACGUUCCUGACCUAUUUCUGUUAGUUUGUUGUAUGUGUUAGUUGGUCAGGACAUGAGUUUGGGUGGGCAUUCUAUGUUUUCUGUUUCUAUGUUGGUUUAAGGGUUGCCUGGUAUGGCUCUUUAUUAGAGGCAGGUGUUUUGCGUUUUCCUCUAAUUGAGAGUCAUAUUUAGGUAGGUUGUUUUACAGUGUUCGUUGUGGGUGGUUGUCUCCUGUGUCAGUGUUUGUCGCACCAUACGGGACUGUUCGGUUUGUUUGUUCAUCGUUCUUUUUGUGUAGUCUAUUUUCCCUGUUCGUGCGUCCUUCGUGUUAUAUUGUAAGUUCGUAUGUUCAGGUUUGUCUACGUUAUUUUGUUAAUUAUUCAAGUGUUUUCGUUUCGUGUUUUUUCCGUCUUGUUUAAUUAAAAUAUGUCAUUUCACAACGCUGCGCCUUGGUUCAAUCACUACUCCUCCUUUUCGGUUGAAGAGGAGGAGGAACACCGUAACAGAACCACCCAACAAAUUACCAGAACCAAGCAGCGUAAUACACAGGACUACUGGAAUUGGGAGGACGAGCUGGAUGGAAAAGGUCCUUGGGCUCAACCAGGGGAAUAUCGCCGCCCCAAAGCUGAGCUGGAGGCAGCGAAAGCAGAGAGGCGGCGAUAUGAGGAGGCAGCAAGGAAGCAAGGCUGGAGAUCGGAGAAUCAAGCCCAAAACUGCAGAUAUGAGGGGACACAUCUAGCACGGAAGCCCGAAAAGCCCAUGAGUACUACCCAAAAAUGUAUUGGGGGGGGGGGGGGCUAAGA